AUGCGCACCCAAAAAUUCACCUUAUCGCCGCCCACCCUUGAGGAAUUGGCCGAACCUCUGAGCGCCGCGCUGCGUGCCAACUAUGAGCAUGCGGCCGUGAGUGUCAUUCCAUGUCCCGAUCUCCGGAACCCUCCCUUGUGCCUCGCCACCGAAGGAAUAUGCGGCGACGAGAAGAUCUCAGACAUCGGUGGCCAACCGAAUCUCUUCCCUCGCCCCCAGUUGACCAGCAGAUACUCCCUCCCCGAGAUCGCGCAGGCAAUGGAGCUGCAUCACCACAGCGGGGGACUGAUCGGAGCCGGAGCCGGUCCAUUCCACAUCGUGGGCCAGAAUUGCGAACUAUCCCCGAACCUCAGCUGGACGGCGGGGCUGGACAGCAUCGACAAUCGAACCCACUUCGCCCAUAUAGACCGUGCAACUGGCGCUGUCGGGGUUGACAAAAGCCCCAGCCUCGACUGCGCCCUCAUGGCCAACUUAUACGGCUCGCGGGGCGAGCCAGGACCCGUGCUGAAGAUCACCGCCCGCAAGCGAAAGCAGCAUGGUCAGGAAAGGAGCUUCACCGAAUGCAUCCGCAAGGGACUCCGUGUCGCAUACGGCGACUCGCGAACCGUCAGCCUCGGCGGCGUCUUCGUCAUCAGAUCAGGCUCCGCGCGAUACCACGUUAUGCCGGACUUCCCGGCCGAAGAGCAGCUGCCUUUCAAGGACUUUGAGCACCACAAUGACUGGUUGACAUAUCAUGAUUUUGCAGCCCCGAUGGUCUGCUACUCGGUCCUUCAUUCCGCGGACCCGGGGAGGAAAUUGGGCCUGCGCUUGGAACAUACCCACGGAUACUGCCCGCUUGGGCGUCAGGCUGGAGGCCAUUAUCAUUAUGAAGUUGAGGGGGAUGGCGAGGAGAUUGAGUACGAGGGGUAUUUCAAUGUGGCUAAGACGAUCUACCGAGUCGAUAGACCGGCUGUGACGCUGGACCGAGACUUGCAUGAUUGA